ACCACAGCGAGGAUUGUGGGAAGUGUAGUUUGGAGACCCCGCCCUCUUCGCCAUUCCUCUAAUGGCUGCUUCCGGGAAGGCUCUGUCACGUGAAACCUCUUAGCCUCAGCGAUCCGGAACUCCAGGAAGGAACGAUUUCGAAUCAGAGAGGAUUAUACGUAAAUCUUUUUUUUUUUUUUUUUGAAACCUUCAGUCCUUGAGAUCCAGAUACCUGAAGAUCCCAACAUCAUGACCUCAGUUUCAACACAGUUGCUCUUGGUCCUCAUUUCACUGCUUUUGGUGCUGCCAGUUGUUGAAGCAGUAGAAGCUGGAGAUGCAAUCGCUCUCUUGCUAGGUGUGGCUCUCAGCAUUACAGGCAUUUGUGCUUGUUUGGGGGUAUAUGCACGAAAGAGGAAUGGACAGAUGUGAUUGUGAUGGGCCUUCUGCAUCGAACCUUGCCCGGAAAACUUUUGUGUUACUGAGGUUAAAAACUGAGCUUUAAAGUCUAAAAGUUCCCAAGAAACACGGUAUUUUCACAUUCUUGUCUCCCUGUAAAUGGGAACAAAUUAAUAUAUGUUAAAUGGG